AUGGUUGUUGCAUGUCCAGUCCCAUUAUUGAUGCUGGCUGAGAAACCAGGAAAGGAAGAAUCACGUGAGUUUUUCGACUUAAUAAAGGGUGUUACCUACACUAUGAAUUUUCCAGAGCUAGUCGGAAAACGUUGUUUGGGUGUAGGAAUUCCAGGAUGGAUUUUCACAGCUGAUCUCAAAGGGAAUAUGAAUUUGUUCCACCUCAAUUCUCGUUGUCUAAUAGAAUUACCCCACAUGAAUACCCUGGAGAAUUUCGACUUAGAUUAUCCUAUAGAAUUCGAGUAUUAUGUUGAAAAAGCACUACUUUCUUCCGAUCCUCAUACAAACGAUGAUUAUAUUUUGAUGAUUAAUCAAGGAGUUCCUCGUUCAUUAGCUUACUGGAAACCUGGAAACACGGAGUUUAUCACAGUGACACAUGAAGGGGCUUAUUCUGAUGUAACGUAUCAUGAUGAACAGUUUUAUGGAGUUGAUUUUCAAGGAAACGUUGUGAUCCUUGACUUUAGAGGAAGAGGAUUAGAACGACCCAUUAAAAGGAUUGUUGAAGGAGUGCCUUCUGAGCUUAUCUAUGGAAUGCAACUUUACAUUGUGCACUCUUUAGGUGAACUAUUUGUCAUCACUCGAAAUGGAGUUGAAAAACAUCCUGAAACAAAUUUAUAUGGCGUCGAAGAAUUCAUCGUUUCCAGGGUUGAUGUGGAUAACGAGAGUUAUGAAGAGGUUGAUGAUUUGGGAAACAGAGCAAUCUUCCUCGGGUUUAGUGCCUCUACUGCUGUUGUUGAACAGUAUGGAUGCAAGGCCAAUCAUAUAUAUUUUACUGAUGAUUGUUCUACUGCGUACUAUUUUAGUGAAAAAGGAGGCGGCAAGGACAUGGGCAUAUAUAACUUGCUUGACGAUACAAUUGAGCCUCACUAUACUGGUGAAUCAUAUCAUAAAUUCAGUCCACCUAUAUGGAUCUUCAACACUCCUUUCUCUGUUUAG